AUGCAAUCAUCGAUGCUGCUUCGGGUGAGGGCUCUCCCCAAAACAGCGUCGGUUCUCUCCCGUACAAAGACGGCGACAUACGCCACAUACAAGGUUCCUCGCAUUGACAAUGAACCAAACAAACACUACGCCGCAGGCUCGCCGGACCGAAAGGCUCUACAAGAGGCUUUGGCGCGAACGCAACGAAAUGCUCCUCUGAGCGUUCCUCUAGUCAUUGCAGGCAAGGAGGUCAAAUCCUCUUCAUCACUAACACAAUCGAACCCCGCGUCGCACGGCCCGGUGGCCACCUACUCCAAUGCAACCGCCAAAGACGUCCAGGCGGCGAUCGAGUCCGCCCUGGAAGCUCGCAAAUCAUGGGCCUCCACGCCGUUCGCCGAUCGUGCCAGUGUUUUUCUUAAGGCUGCAGACCUGAUCUCGACAAAGUACCGCUAUGAUGUGAUGGCUCUGACCAUGCACGGCCAAGGCAAGAAUGCCUGGCAGGCGGAGAUUGACUCUGCCGCUGAGCUUUGUGACUUCUUCCGAUUUGGCGUUAAGUAUGCGGAGGAUCUGUAUGCGCAGCAGCCUGUGCACCAUGCGCCGGGUGUUUGGAACCGCGUCGAAUACCGUCCGCUUGAAGGAUUUGUUUACGCGAUCAGUCCGUUCAAUUUCACUGCCAUUGGAGGUAAUCUCGCUGGAGCUCCUGCACUGAUGGGCAAUGUUGUUGUCUGGAAGCCUUCCCCUUCGGCCAUCGCAUCCAACUGGCUCGUUCAUCAGAUCCUGCUCGAAGCCGGCCUCCCUAAGAACGUCAUUCAGUUCGUCCCCGGCGAAGCCGAAGAAGUGACCAAGACCGUUCUCGACCACCCCGACUUCGCAGCCCUUCAUUUCACUGGCAGCACCAAUGUCUUCCGUAAUCUGUACGGUCAGAUCUCCACUCGUGUCGCAGCCGGCAAAUACCGCAGCUACCCACGUAUUGUCGGCGAAACUGGCGGCAAGAACUUCCACCUCAUUCAUAAAUCUGCCGACAUCCGCAACGCUGCUGUGCAGACCGUCCGCGGUGCUUUUGAGUACCAGGGCCAGAAGUGCAGCGCAACCUCUCGUGUCUAUGUCGCGUCCUCCAUCGCCGAUUCCUUCCUCGAACAGGUCGCCUCGGAAGCGAAGAGCCUAAAGGUCGGCCCCCCUUCGGACUUUACCAACUUCUGCGGGCCGGUUAUCCAUGAAGCCUCCUUCACCAAGCUCGCCAAGGUCAUUGACGAGGCAAAGAACGACCCCGAGCUCGAACUCCUCGCUGGCGGCUCCUACGACUCCUCCAAGGGCUGGUACAUCCAGCCCACCGUUUACCGCACCACUAACCCUGAUCACCCGCUGCUGACACGUGAACUUUUUGGUCCUAUUCUCGUGGUGUAUGCCUACCCUGACGCGACGGAGGCCGACUUUGCCCGUAUUGCGCAGAAGAUCGACGCAACAGGCGAAUACGGCCUCACGGGCUCGGUGUUCGCUCAGGACCGCGAGGCACUGGCGGUAGCCAACGACGUCCUCCGCAAUGCGGCCGGUAACUUCUAUAUCAACUGCAAGAGUACCGGCGCAGUUGUGGGUCAGCAGCCGUUUGGCGGGGCGAGGGCGUCCGGUACCAAUGAUAAGGCUGGUAGUGGGAACCUGCUGAGCAGGUUUGUGAGCCUGCGGUCGAUUAAGGAGGAGUUUGUUCCUACCUACAAGGUUGCUUAUCCUAGCAACGAGGCGUGA